UAAAAUUAAAAGGAAUUAGGGGUGACCAAAUAAAGAAAAGAAAUAAAAAAGAUAAACCUCCAGAGCAGAUAGCAGAGGGUGGAAAACGUAAAAAAGACCGAGCCCUAGUUCCAGUGCGGCUCCAUUCUCUUUCACUCUUGCAGGGUUUAUAUUUGAGUUAGAUGGAACCUAAACCAGACCCGGAUAUUGAUGAUGAUUUUAGCGAGCUGUACAAGGAGUACACUGGCCCUCCUGGGUCAAAUGCCACAAACACACAGGACAGAGCAAAACCGAAUAAGAGGUCCCUUGCUGGGUCUGAUGAGGAAGAGGAAGCUCGCGACCCGAAUGCUGUCCCGACUGAUUUCACUAGCCGGGAAGCUAAGGUUUGGGAGGCAAAGUCAAAAGCUACUGAGAGGAAUUGGAAGAAGAGGAAGGAAGAGGAACUGAUUUGCAAAAUAUGCGGAGAAUCGGGGCACUUUACUCAGGGGUGCCCAUCUACUCUUGGAGCAAAUCGCAAGUCUCAAGAUUUCUUUGAAAGGGUACCUGCUAGAGAAAAGCAUGUAAGAGCGCUUUUCACAGAGAAAGUGAUAAACAGGAUUGAAAAGGAUAUUGGCUGCAAUAUUAAGAUGGACGAGAAAUUCAUCAUUGUCAGUGGCAAAGAUAGGUUAAUAUUAAGGAAAGGCGUGGAUGCUGUGCACAAGAUGAUGAGAGAGGAAGGUGAACAACGGGGUAGUUCUCAAGUGACUAGAUCAAGGUCACCCGAGCGAAGCCCUGUUGGUUCACGGUUACACCGCUCUGAAUCCCAGAGGUCUCAUUCUGGUCCUCGUAAUGGAUCAAACUUUCAACCAAGGUUUCACAGGCAGGAGAAGUUUGUUGAAGACCGUAUACGUCAAAAUAUGCAAAAAUUUUCCAGGGGUUCUCCACAAGCUUAUGGUAAUGACGGAGCUCGAGGUCGGCCAAGUCAUUCAAAUUCUCCAGCACGUGCCCCUUACAUGGGCAACUCAUAUAAUUCAUAUGAUGGUCAUAAUCAGAGCAUGGCCACUUAUAGAAAUGAUGGAUGGGAAUCUGAUAAAAAGGGAUCUGAUGUGCAAUCUGGUCAUCAGUUUGAUUACCCAACCGUCCCACAGACAUUAGAAGAAUUAGAAUUGGAGUACAAAAGAGAGGCGAUGGAGCUUGGAAGAAUUCGUGACAAAGAAGAAGAUGAAGAAAAUUACAAACAUCGUGAGGCCAUUAGGGAAAUGCGAGAGAACUACAUGAAGAAACUGGCUACCUUGAGGGGCAUGCAUGCAAAACAGUGGGAGAAUUUUCUUCAGCUUGAUGCCCAGAGACGUCAACAACAGGCUCAUCAGCAAAUGCCCACCGCAGGUUUUGGUAGUUACAAAUCACACAAUUACGCUGAAUAUGACGGCCCAGCAGCUAAUCCUCAUUAUUCCGGGCCUACUUUAGCAAUGGAUUCAAGGAGCAGGUACCCACACGCUAUGGAAAAUUAUCCUUCAAGACCUCAUGACAAUUUUGGUGAGUUCCAGCGUCAGAGACAUGAGGAUUAUGGGAGAGGUUACAAUCGAUACUAAAUGUUAAUCAGCGAUUGCAUAUGGGUCGAGGUCUGAGUGAUGUGGCAGUAUGCACAGGGGAGCACCAAAUCUAGGUAAGUAUGUUGGUUAUGAUUGAAUUGAGGAGAGACCAGGGGCAGUUGUAAGGUCCUCCGUUUUGCAGUAUGAUAGCUUAGUUCUGUUCAGGGCUUCUUUCAAAGAAGUGGGACAUAAUUUCCAUUGGCUAGUCCUGUGAUUGGAUGUAAUGUUUUCAGUUAUGGUUACAUAGAUAGACUUUACUUAAGCGGAUGGCUGUGAAUGUUUUUGUCGACAUUGUGUUGCUGCCAAAUACUGAGUGCCUACUAUUGAUCUUGGCACCCGGGUGGGUGCUGAUAAGCUUUUGCAUUUGUUCCGGUUCA